ACAACAUCACUGGCACUGAUGAGAGACUAUAGUAGAGCACCAAAUGAAACGCUCUCUUACUUGAUGUGCAAACAACACAUCACUUCUCUCUCUUGUAUUCAAUAUAUGAAUCUCUUUGAAAGCCUGUUAUUAGUGACACAAGAAUUAGUGAUUCAGUAGAAGUGAGACAACAGUCACACAACUUUGUUGACACUAUUUCUUCAUUUCUAUAAUUGUUUUGAUCACUAAUUAAAUCGAUUAUCUGUUUACUACCACAAUGUCUGACAGAAACAAGCAAAAACAGAAUUUGAGCGCAGAAGAGAAGCGUAAAGCCGAGGAUAAGGAGAGAAAGAAGGCAGAGGUGAGGGCUCGGCUCGAGGAGGCGGCCAGAGCUAAGAAAGGCAAAAAAGGAUUCAUGACUCCCGAACGCAAAAAGAAACUCAGACAAUUGCUAAGAAAAAAAGCCGCCGAAGAGCUAAAACGUGAACAGGAAAGGAAAGCUGAAGAAAGAAGAAAAAUAAUAUCCCAGCGAACGGGUGAACGCAAGACUACCGACGGCGCCAAUGAAUCGCAAUUGCGUGAUAUAUGUAAAGAGUAUCACAAAAGGAUUAACAAACUCGAAGAACUUAAGUAUGACUUGGAAUACGAAGUCCGACAAAAAGAUUUUGUGGUCAAUGAAUUGUCGAUUGAAGUAAACGAUAUGAGAGGAAAAUUUGUAAAACCAUCGCUAAAGAAGGUUUCAAAAUACGAUCAAAAAUUAGAAAAGAUGGCAAAAGUUGCCGCAAAAGCUGAGACCGACUUCCGAAACAAUCUUAAGAGAGUUCAGUCACAGAAGUUUACGAUCGGUGACGACGAAAAACAAGUAAGACCUGAAUGGGCUUUGGGUGCAAAACAAGGCAAACCCGACACUGAAACUGAAGAAAUUGAAAUUGAAGAUUAGAUAAAGUGGUUAUCAAUUGAUAAUACAGUACUUGUGGUCAUUCAUUCAGUUUUGAUGAUCGCUUCAGAG